ACAUUAAACACAACUGGACUAUUCGUAUUUGAUAAAAUAAGUUAAAAAUAUAUACACGUCGAUAGAUAAUGCAAAGAACAUGGUAUACAAAAAAUAUAUAUAUAUAUAUAUCUAAAAUUUCACAUCCCUCGAUCUCUUGUCUUUAAGCUUAUCUUAUUUUUUUUUUCCCCAUAUCUAAAUUACAUUUAAUGAUGGAUUUGUUAUACUCAACUGGAGUAAAAAAUCAUAUACAUAAAACAAAUAUUAAAACAGACGAGACGAAACUCUCAACUAAAAAAGUCAGAAGAGAGACAUCUUCACAUGGCCCGAACACAUCUAUCCCAAAAGACAACAAAUUAAAGAAGAAGAAACAAUCUUCACAUCUCUUUAUUUCUUUUCUUUCUUUCUUCUCUGCAACUCUUCCGUACCAAUAUAACUUAAAUUCCCAAACAGGUUUCCUUUUUUAUUUUAGUUUCCCGGUAAAAACAAACAAUCUCUCUGUCACGUCUCUCUUCUUCCACGUCCGUUUCUAUUCUCUAAACCCUUCACGUAUCUAUCUAUCUCUUUAUUCACACGUAUCGCAUCAGAUUACCAUAAUACCAUCCAACACGAAAACCUAACAUCUUUCUUCUUUCAUUCUCUAAAAAAGUUUCUUUCUUUCUAUAACUUUCCCGGGGAAAACUAUGAGAGGUCUCGCGGCUUGUUACAGUGAACACGCCAUUAAAGUAUCAGAUACAUACUGUUCAGGUCCUUCAAAUCAUUCAUACCUAUCUCCAACAUUACCACCUUCGAUCCCAGACACAGUUACCACCACUUACAAAUCAAAUCUCCCUUCUUCCGACAAACCCGUCUCUGUUUCUUUAACCUGGUCUGAUAACCUCACCGUCGUGAUCUCAACGCCGCCGAAGUCUUACUCUGUUUCGCUUAGGAAACCUAAAGGAUCAAGAAAGCUUACUUCUUCUUCCGGUUCACUCAACGCCGAGAUCUUUUGGGAUCUAUCUGAAGCAGAGCACGGAAACAACAACGGACCUGAACCGACGGGAAGAUUCUUCGUCGUCGUCGUUGUUAAUUCCGAUAUUACUCUUAAGAUCGGCGACGUUGACCAUCACGGGAGAGAGGGAACGUCACCGUCGUCUUCGUCGUCGUGGAGAGUGUCGAGAACAGAGAGAUUCUCUGGAACUUGCUGGCUCACGACGAAAGCUCAAUUCUCCGACGUCGGAACUAAACACGAGAUUCAGAUUCAAUGCGGAGGAGGAGGAGGAGGAGAAGAAGGGUAUUUAUGGAAACUGAGUAGUCCAGAAACGAUGUCGGUUUACGUGGAUAAGAGGAAAGUGUUUGCGGUGAAGAAACUUAAAUGGAACUUUAGAGGGAUCCAAACAAUGUUCUUCGAUGGGAUGCUUAUAGAUAUGAUGUGGGAUUUACACGAUUGGUUCUACAAAGAGACAACGGCGACGACGUCUUCUUCGACUAGUUCGUCUUCUUCUUCUUCGACUAGUUCGUCGUCGUCUCCUCCGUGUGCUGUGUUUAUGUUUAGGAGGAGGAGUGGUUUGGAUACUAGACUUUGGAUUGAUGAAGAUGAAGAAGAGGGUAAUAGGAUUAUGAAGAAGAAGGUUGGAUCAUUAGAUGAGAAUCAUUCGUUUUCUCUUAUCAUUUGUGCUUCUAAAAAGUGAACCAAAAAUAAAACAUUUUAACGUAACAAAACAUUAUAAAAGCUUUUUAGUUCUUGUGUUAGAAAAGUUUGGCUUUGAGUUUGAUUUCUUUAAUUUGUCCAUGUAAUUUCGUAAUGGGAAUUUGCGAUACCAAUUCCGCAAUUUGAUGACUGAAGGGCAACUAAUUUACAUUGUCGAUACUUUUUGUUUCUUUUUUAGUUUGGCUAUUUUGUUGUUUUACGACCA